GUAACGACAAGAUAUUACUCCAUUGCCUUCAUUUAUAGUCUCUUGAUCUUCUCUUGUCAGUGCUUUUAAUGGAGUCCCUGAAAUCUCACACCUAUUUUUACCUGUAUUAGUUGAGAUAUAUGUGCGUCGUCCAGCGUGCUGCAGCAGCCCACAAUUAUAGACUCAGAGAUUUUGCGGUACAGUCCAGCCGCUGAAAUCUUCUUGCGCAGUUGAACACGGAAUUGGCACCUGUACGUGUGCUGUCAUGAAGCCUGCUUCGAUUUUUUGGACUGGAAUCUGUAUCUGAUCUCCUUUUGGUCUGUAUUAGUAGAGAAAGCCUGCAAAUUUUGUGGUUUGAUCAAAAUCAGGAUUUACAAUGGCGUCGGACGGUCAUCGUGCCGGAAGCGAGCUGUUUGUUUGCUUUCCGUCGAGAACAACCAUGAGUUUAAUGCCUAAACCUAUUCUCAGCCCCGGACGGAACGGGGACCCGAGCAAGAGAGUGAGGAACGGUGCGAGCAGAGGGCAAUCCAGCCCUAUGUUUUCGAUUCCGAGCAAGAAGAAUUCUGAGUACCAGGCGGAGGAACCGACGUCGCCGAAAGUAACCUGCGCAGGGCAGGUGAGAGUGAAGCCGAGCAAGCAGUGCAAGAGCUGGCAGUCGGUAAUGGCGGAGAUCGAGAAGCUACACAGUCACAAGCAAAGGCGUAGGGUUUCGACAUCGAGCCCCGGGAGGCAGCGGAGUCUUGCUCAGGUCGUUGGUUUCAAGAAGGAUCUUCUCCAUUUCGUAACGGCUUUGCGGAAUCUCCGUGUCGAUUUUGGCUGUUUCGGCGCUCCUGCCGUUUCGACGGAUGAUGAUGAUGAAGAAGAGGAGGAAGAUGAGGAGGAAGCCAAAGAGGCGACGGCCUCAGGGACAUUUUUAGCUAAGUGGUUUAUGAUGUUGCAGGACAAUGAUGACCGGAACUUAAAUAAUUUCGAUCCGAAAUCGGUAGCUGUUGUUGCGGAGAAUUCGAACCAGGAACCUGAAGCCCCUGCUGUGCCGCCGCCGAACGCUUUGCUUUUAAUGCGCUGCAGAUCUGCGCCUUCCAGAGCUUCUCUGGAUGUCCAGGGGGUUAAAGCUGAGGACAGAGAAGGUAAAGGUAUGUCGGAUUUUAAGAAGAAAUCUCCGCCGGCGGCCGUGGUCUUGAGAAGAUGUGAGCCUGAUUUUGCUGCCAUGCUUUCCAUGGACGUUUCUAAAGAAACCUGGGUUAAUCGCCGGGAUUUCAAUCACCACAGCUUUCUGAGAAGCGUCAGCCUGAAAGGAUGAUGAUUAUUUUCAGUGCUUUUGAUUUUCAGGAGGCCUUCACUUUGUUGGGGUUUGGCUUUGGCAAUAUUUUAUUUAGCCGGAUUUUGUAUUUUGAGGAUCAUGCGCUUUGUUUUGGUGCUUCUACAGCAGGCUUGAGUGGAUUGUCUCUGUGUAUGUAAAGGCUUGUAAACUGAAUGUAACGAAAUUGUAAGUAUUUUGAUUAUGAUGACAAAAUUGUGUUGUUUUCUGUUA